UCACGGUACAGACUCCAUUAGUUCGCACAUUAGCUUGAGUUAGUUGAAUUAUUUAAUUAUGGUAAUUCAAUAAGGUGGUGUAUUAAUAACAAUUAUUUGAAUUUUAAUCAAUGUUAAACCGGACACUAACAUUUGUUUAAAUCAAGUGCGACAUUGUUGUGAUUGUGAAGAGAAUUUUCACAUCAAUUUUACAUCAGAUUAAUUAAUUGAUAAGUGUUCAGUAGACUGUUUUGAAAUGGAUCAAAUUAAAGAAUCCCAACAAGGCAAACAAGACGUGUCGCUAAAAAAUUAUGAUACAAAAACACAACCGCAAAUUAAUUACAAUAUUAAUACGUCUAAUUAUCCAGAAAAUAAUCAUAAUCUUUUCCAAAUGAUUAAAUGUCAUGAAGACAGCUUAUUAAGGCUACACCACCUAACUGCUGGGCGUCAAAUUAACAGUACUUAUGAUACCAAUUAUCAGAAUGAUCUAUCAUGGUACCCAAAAGAUUUUCAAAGACAAUACAUUAAGCCAGUCGAUUACUUGGCGUAUGAGGAUAUGAGACGCAAAUUUGAUGAAUCUAAAGGUGCGAAAGAGAGAGAUGUACGCAAAGAGUCUGAGGAGGAAAAAGAUGGAAAAAUUGAUGAAAGGAAAAAACCAAGAAGGAAUAGAACAACAUUUACAAGUCAACAACUGGCAGCAUUGGAAAAAGUUUUCGAAAAAACUCACUAUCCAGAUGCCUUUGUUCGAGAAGAUUUGGCAACGAGAGUGAACUUAACAGAAGCUAGAGUACAGGUUUGGUUCCAGAACAGACGCGCAAAAUUUAGACGCAAUGAGAGAUCAGCUUUGUCAUCUCACAGAACGUCAACCAGUCAGAGUUCCCCAGAACCUAUACCAGUACCUAUAGGUAUCCCACAAGGUGAUCCUCGGCAGGAAUACAAUCGUAACCCAAAAGAACCUUGGCUACAUCACUUUCAAGCCAAUAACCUUAACUUUAACCUCGGAAUUCCUAUUAGCAAUUCAGGGCUAUACCAAAAUGAUUACAGUUUCAUGAUGCAGAAUGUAGGCAACAGGCAAUACUCGAACUCAAAUACACUAAUUGGACAAAAUGUGCCCAGUUAUGGAAGUACAUCAGACAACAGUUAUGGCUCCUGUGCCUUAAUUGGUGGUUAUAAUGGAACACUACAGCCUGCACAUCAUAGUUCGUACAAUUUGAAUUUAAGACUUCGUCCCCAUGACUUUAGUAUAAAUAAUAUAACACUGUAAAAUGGAAAGCAAUUACAAAAUUGUAAAUAAUAUAUGUACU